UACCUUAACACGAUUACCAAAUUUUGCAGGUUAUAAAUAUCACGCGCGCAGAUUUUCAAACAACGAUUUUACCAUGAGCGAUACCGGUCCCGAUGCGGACGCUUAUUUUUCGAGCUAUGGUGAUCUGGAGGUCCACAAAUUAAUGAUACAAGACUCGGCCAGGACCGAGACGUACAAAAAUGCUAUCCUAUCUAGCCGCUCGGUAUUCGAGGGUAAAAUCGUGUUGGACGUGGGAGCGGGCACAGGGAUACUGUCUAUAUUCUGCGCACAGGCAGGAGCGACUAAAGUAUUUGCGGUCGAAGCCAGCAAGACGGCCGAGAUUGCCCGACAGCUAGUGGCCGAGAACCAUUUUUCAGACACCAUUGAAGUGGUCUACAGCAAAGUGGAGGACGUCACUCUGCCCUAUCAGGUGGACAUUAUUGUUUCUGAAUGGAUGGGAUUUUACAUGUUGCAUGAGAGCAUGUUGGACAGCGUCAUCGUGGCGCGAGACAAGUUCUUAAAACCAGAUGGCCUGAUGUUUCCGUCUCAUUGUACGCUCUACGCGUCCCCAUGCGCAUUGCCAGAUCUCUACUCAGAGUGGGAUAAUGUUUGUGGUGUUAAAAUGAGAUCAUUCGCACAAGCUUUACGUAGUUUAUACUUGAAUAGACCAAAAAUCAUGAGUGUUCAGGUCGAGAAUAUACUCGCUCAUAACGUCAGUCCCAUUAUAGAAUUGGACCUCAAGGUUUGUCAAUCACAACAGCUUGACAGUAUUAUAGCACAACGAUAUCUAACUAUUGUUGAGAAGAGCGGAAUUUAUCAAGGAAUAUGUUUUUGGUUUGACGUACAAUUCCCAACUACUGGUACCACCCUAAGCACUUCGCCUUCAUCUCCAAUAACUCAUUGGAAACAGACCAUCAUAGUACUACCAACACAAAUAGAAGUAGAAGAAGGUGAUGCUGUAAUGUUCAAUGUACAAUUCAAUCGCAACAGUCCAAACUCAAGACAUUACAGUAUUAACCUAGAAAUGCUGAACUCUGAACAAGAGACACAUCCAAAUCCAUGCGAAUGCAAUCAAACUAAAUGUAAAAUUAUUAAGACAUUUUUAUCUGUUACAAAAAAUAUUUCAGACGAUGAUGAUGAUUCAAGUAUUGAUGACCAAAAUGUGGAUCUAUAAAUCAUGGUAUUCGUUACCCAUAAUUUUUUAAUUAUUUAUAAUGACAAUGUGCAUAUUACAAUUGACUGUUUAUAAAAUAAAAGCAAUAUUUAAUUCGUAAAUUACCAAAAAAAAAAAAAAAAAAAUUGACUUAU